AUGGUGGGCGGCAAGGAAGUCAUGUCUCCCUCGGUCAUGAUCUCGCCUCCCCACAUCGACGUCGAUCUCUACAAAUCAUUCGACGAGCUGCACCAACGCACAGUGGAUAAGAUCCUUUCCGAUGAGGCGAGCUUCGAAACCAGCUUUGACGACUACAGUGGUAGCGAUGGGAUAAACGCCGAUGAUGACCAAAAGCAAUGUGGUGAAGACCAGGUCUCGAACCUUGCCACUGUUAAAGAUUCUGGAUAUGCGGACUCGCCGUAUUUCUCAACCAAAAAGCGUUCUAGGACCCAGAGGACGGCUCAGAGACACAUCAGUCGGAAUGAUUCGAAUGACGACGAGGGAUAUGAUGAUAGAGAUAGCUUGGCUGAUGUGGAUUUGGGUGGACACAAUGCCCACCAGACCGUUGAUAACGGCGAACAUCUAGAUGACGCUUCUGAGGAGGAUAUUAUCUUUGCUUCUGUGGAUCUAGAUCGACGGAUGGAACUACUCACCUUCAUCACUUCGCAUUCUUUUAUGGAAAAGGGCGAGUAUCCUGUGCUACGGUCCGCGCGACGGAGAUUCGUGCGUGACCUACGUCGGCAGAGCUUAUCGGUUGGCAUGAAAGAGGCUGAUCUGGGGCCACUGAUGGCGUAUGUCAAGAGGACUUAUCUUGAGCUAUUUGGGAAUGGUCCUGGCAGUUGGGAUGGUUCACAGUUCGGUGAUGAGAUCCAGGAUGAGUCCAGUAGCCAAGAGAGUCGAUCCAAGUCGUCGAAAAAGGAGAAGAAGAGGAAGCGAAACACUGAUGAGGAUCAAGGGACAGCAUCGAAGGAGAACGUGAAGGCUACCUCGAAGAAGCGGAUGUCGCAUGGGCUAGUCGCUAAUGGGGAUGGUAUGGAGCACGAUGCUGCUGUACCGAAUCCGACAGGUUCGAUCUCGAAGCCUCUUGCGGAUCGCCCCCAAGUCACAGAAAACGAGGCUACGGCAGUUGCUGAAGAGGCGCCUAAGAUCACUAUUGAUCUAUGCAAGAGUGAUGGAGAAGGUGCAGAUACACCGACCGAAUCACAUAAUUUGUUACAGCCUCUCAUUGAGCAUAUCGAAGCUGCGGAAAAGAAGCACUCCCUUCCCUCGUGUUCUGAGUCUAAGGCAAAGUCAUGCUCCCCCAAGCAGAAGAAAAAUGCAGAACUUCGUUCAUCCCAGCAAUCGCCGAACAAAAGACCCACGAACGCGCGGCCGUCUUCGAAGUCACCGCCUAAGCAUGAUGAAAAGGAGAAGGAUACCGAGAUGAAUGCGUCUCAAGUAUGUUCACCUAAGGAUGAAGAUCGCUCGAUUGCAAAAUCCCGACAGCCUGGACCAUCCAUGGACGACAAGGCUAAGGAGCAAGAUCCUGCGCUGUCCAAGAAGGAAAGGAAUAAACGGAAGCGUAACAACCGCAAGCUUCGGAAGAAGAAGUACAACAUUUUUCGUGCAAGUCUUUCGGAACCAGAAGAAUUCAAACCGUCCACAGGGGAAUCCGACCUAUCGAAAAAUGGCAUGCCAAAAACAGCCUCACAGAAUGUCGUGACUCUGGAAGAUCUUGCCAUCUUGGACGAGGAAUUUUGGGAUCUGGAGGAUUUUUAG